AUGGCAAGGAACGCAAUCCAACCGAGUUUCGACUUCUUUACGGGAGAAGAGCGCUCGCCGGCGAGACAGCCUCUGCGCGAGACGUUUCGUCAAUCCACAGCGACACUUACCGCUCUCCAACAAGCGAGCGAGAUUCGCGAUGCUGAGCAGCGCGCAGAACGGGACUUCAAGAGAGCUCAGGCUGCAGAGACGGCCGCACAACAAAGCACCAAAAAGCUCGAUCAACUGACCCGCGAGUUGAGCGACAUUGAGAAUCGACACACCAACGACAAGAUCCAGCUGGAACGCAAGAUCAGGACCCUACAGGACGACAACCAGAGCCUAAGAGAAGACCUUGAAGAUGCCGAGUCACGCCUCUCGUCAUCAGAACGAGAGCACCAGCAUGGUCUAAACGAUCUCGAAGCAAGACACGCUGCCCUGCAGGCUUCGUUCGAAGAAGCUCAAAGAGAUCUCGAGUCAAAGGUCUCGACACUGCAGUCCACACAACAGCGUUUGUCGCAGCGCGAAUCAGAAAAUGGCAACCUUGAAAAUGAGAUUCUCCGACUCAAGGCCCAGACGGGUGACUCGGACACCCUGGGCAUCAUCAAACGCGAGCUUUCUGAGCAAGUUUCACACAUCAAGAGACUGGAAUCCACCAACCGCGACCAAUCUUCCGAGCUCAAGCAAUUGCGCAAAACCCACAAAAGUGUCGAAAUCGUCCAAGAAGAGAAGCGUGCUCUGGAACAGAAAGUCCGCGCCAUGGAAGACUUGCGCAAAGAACUGGCCGAGGCACAAUUGCAGAAGCAGAUUCUCGAGGACGAGAAGCGUAGCUGGACGAGUUACUUGGAGAGCGAGGCUGCCGGAAGGGAAGAGAUGGCAUUUGAAUCACCAGAGGACAUGGCCAAGGCAUUCGUCAACGAGCGCUUGGAGAGGGUUACUCUGAUGGAAAAGCUGGGAGCUUUACAGCCUGAACUCACCGUGCGUGAUGCUAAUAUCAAGACGCUCGAGGACGAGAAGAAUCUGGCAAUCAAGGAGGUCGAGUAUCUCCGAGCACAGAUGAAGGCGUUCGAAGCAGAAGAGAACGAGUUUUCACCAGAGACGUCAAACCAGGAGGAGAACAAGCGUACACAAGAGCUCGAGACACUCAUCGAUCAGUACCGCUCCGAAGUAGAGACACUGUCGGCAGAGAUGAAGCAACUCGAAAGCAGCGCUCCUGUUGCUGCGCCAACGCAAGGUCUGAAGCGCCCACAUCCAGAAGAGUCAGACGAGCGACUAGGCGAGCUGCGUCGUAAGACACGCACUCUCCAAGACGAUCUAACAGCACUACAAACCCGCUACUCGACUCUUGAGACUGAGCUCAAGGCCAAGACGAGCCAACUGAAUGCUCUGCGUGAGUCCUCUCGGACGAGGGUCCUUGAGCUACGUGACAACCCAACCGCCCAAGCCGAAGGCAUCAAAAUGGCAACCCUCCGUACGUUGAAAGAAGAAAACGCAGCACUGCUCGAACAACUAGAAGGACGACCAAAUGGCGCGACAAAGGUCGUACCCAUCAGCACACUCGACCACGCCCGCCUUCAGAUGAGCGAACUCGAAGCCACAAUUGCUCAACGCGACAAGAAACAACAGCGUCUGAAAUCAAUCUGGUCCGCCAAGUUCCUCGAAUUUGCAGAGGCGGUCGCGGCAACACUGGGCUGGAAAGUAGUCUUCCAACCGAACGGUCGUUUCAAGGUCACUUCUAUCUUGUACCCGACAUCCAUCAACAAGGACGGCGAGGAAGAGGAAAACUCUAUCCUGUUCGACGGCGAGAAAGGCACUAUGAAGGUGUCUGGUGGCACUGAAAGUGUAUUCGCCAAUGAGAUCCGUCCACUCAUUGAGUUCUGGGAAACUGUCAAAAGAGAAACGAAGCUUGUCGACCAAAAGAAGCUGGCCAAGAUUAAAUUGAACAAGAUCAAGGAGGACUACGCGGUCUGUAUCUCGACCAUUGAUCAGGCUCGACUGGAUGGCAGUGCAUCCGUGACGUCUGAUAUUCGGCGUUUGGUGGACAACUUCAUCACUGUAUUGCACGAGGCUCGUGGAAUCCUUAUUCUUCCGAGGGAAACAGCCGAUGACAGAGCGCCUACGCACCAGGAUGAAGAGAUCGAGGAAGAACCUGCAACCGAAAGCAUCGACGACGAGGAGGACGCCAACGAUCUGGAAGCAGAUUCUGAUAGUGAUGGAGACACGGUAGCUCACGACGACGAAGACGAUGAAGACGGGUUCGACGUCGGCAUAGAGGACGAGUACAGAUCUGAUGACGACGACAACGAGGAACUGAGCGAUGAAUUGGAGGAAGACUAUAUUGAGUAG